AUGAAAUACUCAAAAAAUAAUUACAGGGGGACCCGUUUAAAAGAUGAGCUCAUUGAUUCAGAUGAUGCUUUUCCCCAUAUAGGGACAAGUGGCGAGGAGCUAUCUUCUUCAUUUGAGUCUGAAAACGGCAUAUCAGAUUCUGAAGAUUUCUUGCUUGAAAAACAUAAUUUGAAGGACCUCGAGCAUGGAAGCUCAUUGAGAAACCCGGCAGAUAGCCUUCUCACCCAUCCGAGGUAUAAAGGAAAAAAAGCAAAUGUCAUCGAGCUAAAUUUGCCCGAAAUACAUUCAGACGCAAGCUUUUCCCACGAAGACAGUGAAGAGCAUUUUGAAAGCAAUCAUGACGACGACGAUGACGACGAUGAUGACCAAGCUUCAGGAGAUGUAUUUAAGCGGUUUAAAUCGAUGCAGAGCAGCGCUUCCGAAAAAAAUGUUUGCAAACCCGACUUGUUACUUAAAAGGAAAGACGAUCUGGUUAAAGCAAAUUGCCUGAGAGACCAAUUGGCAUUCAUCGAUGACUUAUUUACGCUCCGAAUUUUAUUGCAAAAGAUUUUUGUGCAAAUGCACAGUGCAAACCUCACUGCAGCAGUCCCCAUGCUGUUACAAAUGAUCCCAAUUGCUCUUGAAAUUAACGAAAAAGGGGUCGGUGGACGAAUUGAAAAGAAACGAACCUUUUUAUCUAUUGAGGACCUAUGGGAGUAUAUGAAGCAAAUAUCUACGCUAAAAGAACCCGAUCUUUUGGCUUUAUAUGAUUCCUGGUGGUCGAAAUCGCACAUAUCUUUUCAGAGGCCAGGGAGAAAUUCCUCCAAUAAAAACCUACAGGUUUUGAACCAGGGGUUCUCGGGCUCCGUUACUUACUCGUUAAAGUCUUAUAAGCCGUCAAAGGAUCCCUUAUUAUUUAUCGCUGACUCGAAGUUUUAUCAACAACUUUUGAAAGAUAUUAUUGAUGCCAAACUAUCCUCAAGCAAAAAUGCCAAUGCUGCCAAGAGGUCGAUUGGUAGGUUAGAUCAAGAGAGGAAACCUGUUCAUAAAGCUAGCAAAGGAAGACUUCUAAGCUAUGAAACGCAUAGCAAACUUGAAAAUUUCAUGGCUCCCAGGCCGUUCCAUUCAGAAUGGACCGAGGAAAAGAUGUCGCAAUUGUUCAACUCGCUACCGUUUUAA